CACUAUCUGGCACAAGAGGAACCGAUCGUCCCGGGAUCGAUUCCCAGACGUAAAAGGUUUUUCUCAACAUCUUUUAAGAUCGGGAAAGGUUUCUCAAGAAAGAAGUGUGACAGAUCGGCGAAGAUGGGGUGGAUCACAAAGCUUGUCAUUCUGACUUUCUUCGCGGCGGCCCGCAUAGACGCCAGGCUGCAGAACUCCAGAAUGUCCAUGAUGAUACCUCAUGCGGCCAAAACUGCAAACGACGGCCCAGUGAUCAUACCUGUCCAACCCACGGCUUACCCUGCACAGACAUCCAUCGUCGGAGCAGCUGAACCGACUGUGGAGCAGCAGGCCCAGUGUGUGUCCUGGAGCCAGGAACACUAUCUGACGUUUGACGGGCAGAUGUACAACUUCAAGGGGCAGUGCACCUACAAACUGGUGGGCGACUGUGCCGACAACACCUUCAACAUCCACGUCCGUCACCAGAAGGGGUGUAACAACACCCAGCCGUGCCGUGUCGAGGUCAUCCUGUACAUUGGGAACUUCGUGGUGACGCUGCGUCACACUCCAGAGGGCCCGGCGGCGUUCGACGGGGACAGACAGCUGUCCAUCCCCGCCAACCUGCACGGUCUGCUGGUGGAGAAGAUCGCCUCGUACGUCGUGGUGCGCAGCGGCCUCGGCUUCAAGAUCAAGUGGGACGGUGCAGACGCAGUUUACGUCGAGGUCACCGAGGAGCUGUUCGGGAAGACAUGCGGCCUGUGCGGAAAGUACGACAGGGAUGUUCACAACGACUUCACGGACAUCUCUGGGAAGGUCCAGUCUCACGUUGUCCCCUUCGCUUCCAGCUGGAGGAUGCCAGAAAGCGAAGGAGACGUCUGCUCCGACAGCCGUCAAAACAGUCACUGUAAUCGCAACUCCAUGGAGGGCCUGGUAGCACACACUCAUGCAACUCAGAUAUGCACGGGGCUCAAAACUCUUCCGGAAUUCAAACCCUGCCACGAGUUCGUUGACCCGUUUGCCUACUACGAGCACUGCAAGGAGGAUGUCUGUCUCAGCGGCGGUCUGGAGUCGGCCGCCUGUAACACCUUCGAGGCCUACUUCAGGGAGUGUCUGCGCCAUGGCGUGCACGUCAACUGGAGGAGUGACAGUUUCUGUCCGGCUAACUGUGCCGAGGGUAUGGAGUACCAUACCUGCGGCACCUCGUGUCCGGAGACCUGCCGCACCACUCUGUACGACUGCGAGGAUAACCAGUGCAUCGACGGCUGCCACUGCCCCGAGGGGACGUACCUGCACGGCGGGCAGUGCCUGGCCCACGCCAGCUGCCCCUGCGUCAGUCACGGGGUGGAGUAUCCACCGGGCUCACACAUCAACUCCGACUGUAACGACUGUGAGUGCGUGUCUGGCAAGUGGGAGUGUACGACGGAGCCCUGUGAAGCCACCUGUAUCGCUACCGGCGACCCCCAUUACAUCACGUUUGACGGCAGGUCGUACGACUUCAUGGGAGACUGUUCCUACACCAUGGUCAUGAACAGGAUUAGUGACGAGACCGACUACAGCAUCGAGGCUGAGAACCAGGAGUGUGACUCCAGCUCCACCCGGCAGCUGACCUGUACCCGGUCCGUGACCGUGAAGAUCAGCGGUACGGUGCUGAAGCUGAAGCAGGGGAAGAGCGUGCUGCUGAACGGGGAGGACAUCGUCAGGCUGCCGCACCGGGGGCCAGGCGUGUACAUCGAGACAGCGACUUCCAUCUUCCAGAAGGUAACCCUUGACAACGGCAUGCGGGUACUUUGGGACGGGGUUUCCCGUCUCUACAUCACUGCCCCGCCCAAGUUCGUCGGCAGGACCAUGGGUCUGUGCGGCACCUUCAACUACAACCAGCAGGAUGAUUUCUACACCAAAGUCGGGGACAUCGAGACCAACCCGAUCGCCUUCGCCAACAAGUGGAAGACUGACGACAUGUGCGCGGACCGUCCCCUGGUCCCGACAGGAGAGGAGACCAUGCACCCGUGUGACAUCUACCUGCAGCUCAAGGCAUCCGCACAGCAGCACUGUGGACAACUCAUGGGGUCCUUCUUUACUGCUUGUCACAAUUACGUGAACCCGCAAGAGUCCUACGACAGGUGCCUGUUUGACUACUGCGGCAGCGGCCACUCCGUACAGAGCAUGUGCGACGCCAUGUCCGACUACUCGCUGGCCUGUGGCGCCAAGGGAGUCGAGCUGGACUGGAGACAGAACACAGAAGGAUGCGAGGUGUCCUGUUCCGGAGAGCUGGUGUACGACCAGUGUCACCCCGGGUGCCAGACGACCUGCGCGUCCAUACUGGAGGGAGUCGAGUGCCAGCCAUUCUGCGUGGAGGGGUGCGCCUGUCCGGAGGGCACCGUCCUGGACUACGAGGGGCACUGCGUCCCUCCCGAGGAGUGCGGCUGCAUGGAGAACGGCAAGCACUACCUGGAUGGAGCGUCCAUUAACCGGGGAUGCAACACAUGCAUGUGCGCUAAGGGCCAGUGGGCAUGUACGAUGAUGGACUGCAUGCAAGAGUCCCCAUCACUCUGUCCAGACAACCAAGUCUGGUCCAACUGCGUCGUUGAAAACCAGAUCACCUGUAAAAACAUGCAUCUGGGCGUGACGUCACAGGCCCCCAUCACCUGCCACGCCGGGUGCCAGUGCAGGAACGACACCGUGUGGGACGAGGAGACGGGCGCAUGCGUGCUGCCUCAGAACUGCCCGUGCUACCAUGGUGGACAGAGCUACGAGCAAAGCCACACCAUCCAGCUGGACUGCAACACCUGCUUCUGCAACGGACAACAGUGGGUAUGUGAAGUCAACGAAUGCGCAGGAAUCUGCACAACGUUCGGCGAUCCCCACUACAAGACGUUUGACGGGAAGAUGUACGAGUUCCAAGGAGACUGUGACUAUGUCUUGGCCAAGAGCAAGGACGGCGCCUCUCUUCCGUUCUCCGUCACCGCAGAGAACAUCCCCUGUGGAACAAGCGGCGUCACCUGCACCAAGAACAUUAUCGUCACCCUGGGCAGCGGCGCCAACAGGCAGAGGCUCUCUCUGGUCCGUGGCCAGCCCAUCACCGCCGACGGAACGGACUUCACCAUCCGGCAGGCCGGCAUGUUCGUGUUCGUCAGCACGCCGAUCGGCCUGACCCUGCAGUGGGACAAGGGAACACGCGUGUACAUCAAGCUGCUGCCGGCAUGGAAGGGAUAUGUUGAGGGUCUGUGUGGUAACUUUAACGGUAACCAGAUGGACGACUUCACCACACCCAUGGGCGGACCCCCGGUCACCAUGGCGAACACCUUCGGUGACAGCUGGAAAGUUCACGACUACUGCAUGGAUGCCGUGGUCGUAGAGGACACCUGCGCCCUCCACCCGAACAGGCAAGCCUGGGCUCUGCGGAAGUGCGCCAUCCUCAAGUCUGACAUCUUCAGGCCCUGCCACAGCGAGGUCCCCUACCAGCCGUACUACGACAAGUGUGUGUAUGACGCCUGUGGCUGUGACAGCGGGGGUGACUGUGAGUGUCUGUGUACGGCCAUCGCUGCCUACGCUCAGGAGUGUAACCUGGCCGGUGUGCCCAUCAAAUGGCGCGAACAGGAGAUCUGCCCCAUGCAGUGUGAAUAUGGCAUGCUGUACGUAGCCUGCAGUUCCUCCUGCCCCAAAACCUGUGACAACUUGGAGAACUACUCUGAGAUCGCCGCCAACUGCACCGACACCUGUGUCGAGGGCUGCGCCUGUCCUCCAGGAUUUGUUGUGGGAGUGAACGGCGUCUCCUGCGUGCUGGAGACAGAGUGCUUCCAGGAGGAGACCACACCAGCUCCGCCAACAACCACAGCUAGUAUCACCACAGGAUUCGCAUCUGUCCCCACAACCACUACUAUGCAAACAACAACAACCACCACUCCAACACCAUCCACAACUACGACCCCGCCUGUUGCUCUGGACGCUGAGUGUGUGCAGCCCUACGACUACUGGACUGAAUGGAUGAAUGUUGGAUACCCCACGCCAGUGAGCGGCGGAGACUAUGAGACCAUUGAAGACUUGCGGUACAAGUAUGUCUUCUGCGAGAAUGACGACAUCGUCUCUGUGGAGUGCAAGGUGAACGGUCAUAGUAACUUGUAUGCAGAGAAUACAGGUCAGGUCGUCACCUGUGACACAACAGUGGGUCUGGUAUGCAACAACAACGACCAAUCCACCUUGCCCCCAGCCUGCUACGACUAUGCCAUCAGAUUCUUCUGCAAGUGCGGAGAGCUGCCCACAACGACACAGCAAGUAACCACGACGGUGAAGCCCACCACAACCGCAUUUACUACAACAGAAAAGCCACCGCCACCCACGACUACAGCCAACACCGAGGAGUCCACAACCACUAUCCACCCUACAACAACGAUGUUAACAACAACAGGCAAGACUACAGCAAAGCCACCUCCCCCGACGACAACCACGUUCACAACUUCAACAUCCUCCGCGACCACAAAGCCCUUCUCCCUGCCUAUGGAAUGUCCCGUUGCCGGUGCUGAUGCCUGGACACCGUGGAUGAAUGUCGACACUCCCACAGAUGGAGAUGGAGGUGAAUACGAGACGCUGGAAGCACUGCAUCAGAAAUACGUCUUUUGUGAGGACAACAUGAUUACACAAGUGGAGUGUCAAGUGGUUGGCUUUGGCUUACCAGCCGAAAGUUUUGGACAGAAGAUCACAUGUGAUGUCAACACUGGUCUCAUCUGCAUCAACGACUGGCAGCUAUCACAGACAUGCUAUGACUACGAAAUCAGAGUCUUCUGUGCCUGUGGAGAACAAACCACCACGGGGAUCAGCACCACAACAGGUAUAUCUAAACCUACCACCACCGUUGCCAGUACCACAACAGCUGAGGUAACAAAGCCUACCAGUACGGUCACCACCCCUAAGCCGACUAGCACUCAGCAUGCUACAACAACUGGAGAAACUACAACAACUGGGACAGCAACAACCACUGCCACCAAGCCACCUGUCACAACAACAGCUGAGGAAACAAAGCCUACCAGCACAGCUACCACUCCUAAACCAACUAGCACUGAGCAUGCUACAACAACUGGGGAAACCACAACAACUGGGACAGCCACAACCACUGGCACGAAAACACCUCUCACAACAACUACCGAAACGACGAGUCCAGCUUCGGAAACAAAGCCCGUCCAGUUCGAAGUCACCAACAAGCCCCAGCUCUGUCCGGUGCCAAAUGGAAAUGCUUGGACCUCAUGGAUGAGCUCAGGAAUUCCUACCCAGGACAGCGAAGGUGGCGAGUUCGAAACCAUUGACAACUUGAGAGAGCACUUCAGCUUCUGUCCCAAUGAGAUGAUCACUGACGUACAGUGUUCUCUGGUAUUUGGGUCCGGCAUGUUCACUGUCCCGUCCAUUGGGCAGACUGUGACCUGUAACACAACACAUGGUCUCAUCUGUCUGAAUGAAGACAACCCCAUACUGGGCUGCCGGGAUUACCAGGUCCAGUUCUACUGUGAAUGUGGCCCUGAAUCGACCACACUAACUGGUACAGCUACGAGCACCAUCCAACCCAGUACCACAGGAACCAGUACCACAACAGGAGUUACGACAACCACCACAACCGCUGCCGGUACCACAACAGCCGAGGUAACCAAACCUACCGGCACAGCCACCAAACCACACCCGACCAGUACUGAACAUGCUACAACAACUGGGGAAACAACAACAACAGGGACAGCCACAACCACUGGCACCAAGACACCUCCAACAACAACUGUCGCUGAAACAACCACAACCGAGGAAGCAACAGGUGCUGUUACAACUACUGGUACAAAGACACCUGUCACAUCUGAAACUACUACAACUACCCAGGAAGGCACAACUCAUAAGGUGUGCGUGGAUGGCUGGACGACAUGGGUCAGUUCUCAUAAACCCAAUCUUAGUGAUGUUAUGGAUGGAGACAUCGAGGACCUCAGUCUGCUUGCCCUUGCUGAUGAUUUCAACCUGUGUGGUGGUGACAUGAGCAUGGUGGCAGACAUACAGUGUCGGGAGGUCGAAUCACAGGCAGAUUGGAGCAGCACAGGCCAGGAGGGUCUGAUUUGUGACACACAUGCUGGUUUCGCCUGCAGCAACUCCAUGAAUCAUCCAGAAGGAUGCAUGGACUACGAAAUCAGUGUGCUCUGCCAAUGUGUGCCAACCACUACUCAAACAACAACUUCUACUGUCACUACCACCACGACAACCCUGAAACCAACUACCCAGGCGACAAAGCCAAACCAACCGCCGGUGACAUCAACAGCGUACCAGACUACCUCGCCUGGUACUACCAUACCGACGACACAAAUGACCCUGCCACCACUGUGCGAAUAUCCAGAUCGUGACUUCUGGACGCAGUGGAUGAGUGUCGGCCAUCCUGGAAACGGCCAGGGCGACAUCGACACCAUUGAGAUUCUGCGAACAAAGUACUCCUUCUGUGAAAACAACAUGAUCACUGCCAUAGAUUGUCGUGUGGUCAGCAUACACAAUACUCCCGAGGAUGCAGGGCAGAAGGUGAUCUGUGAUUCACAGAUAGGUCUGGUUUGUGCCAACACUGAUCAACAGGCUUGCUUGGACUAUGAAGUUCGCUUCUUCUGUGAAUGUGGACCAGGUGGGGAAACUACAACUCAGCACACCACCACCACAGUUUCUCCAACCACAACGGGCUCAGAAACUGCUACAACCACAGGCAUUGCAACCACCACUGGGCGGACAACAACAACUGGUAUGACUACUACAACAACAACUGGUGUGACAACUACAGGUGCUCAGGUGUGUGUUGAAGGCUGGACGACCUGGGUCAGUUCUCACAAACCCAACCUGAGCGACAGCACAGAUGGAGACUUUGAGUACCUCAAUGUGCUAGCUCAUGAUGAUCACUUCAACCUGUGUGGUGGUGACAUGAGCAUGGUGGCAGACAUACAGUGUCGGGAGAUCGAGUCACAGGUGGAAUCCAGCAGCACAGGCCAGCUGGGCCUGAUUUGUGACACACACACUGGUUUCUUCUGUAGUAACUCCAUGAACGAACCAGAGGGAUGUCAGGACUACGAGAUCAGUGUGUUCUGCCACUGUGGUGAAACCACAACUCAGCAGACCACCACCACAGUUGCUCCAACCACAACUGGCUCAGAGACUGCUACAACCACAGGCAUUGCAACCACCACAGGGAGGACAACAACAACCGGUGUGACUACAACAACAACGACUGGGGUGACAACUACAGGUGCCCAGGUGUGUGUUGAAGGCUGGACGGCCUGGGUCAGUUCUCACAAACCCAACCCGAGCGACAGCACAGAUGGAGACUUUGAGUACCUCAAUGUGCUAGCUCAUGAUGAUCACUUCAACCUGUGCGGUGGUGACAUGAGCAUGGUGACAGACAUACAGUGUCGGGAGAUCGAGUCACAGGUGGAAUCCAGCAGCACAGGCCAGCUGGGCCUGAUUUGUGACACACACACUGGUUUCUUCUGUAGUAACUCCAUGAACGAACCAGAGGGAUGUCAUGACUAUGAGAUCAGUGUGUUUUGCCACUGUGGUGAAACCACAACUCAGCAGACCACCACCACAGUUGCUCCAACCACAACCGGCUCAGAGACUGCUACAACCACAGGCAUUGCAACCACCACAGGGAGGACAACAACAACCGGUGUGACUACAACAACAACGACUGGGGUGACAACUACAGGUGCCCAGGUGUGUGUUGAAGGCUGGACGGCCUGGGUCAGUUCUCACAAACCCAACCUGAGCGACAGCACAGAUGGAGACUUUGAGUACCUCAAUGUGCUGGCUCAUGAUGAUCACUUCAACCUGUGCGGUGGUGACAUGAGCAUGGUGGCAGACAUACAGUGUCGGGAGAUCGAGUCACAGGUGGAAUCCAGCAGCACAGGCCAGCUGGGCCUGAUUUGUGACACACACACUGGUUUCCACUGUAGCAACUCCAUGAACGAACCAGAGGGAUGUCAGGACUACGAGAUCAGUGUGUUCUGCCACUGUGGCGAAACCACAACUCAGCAGACCACCAGCACAGUGGAAACGACCACAACUGGUGUAACAACCACGAGCGGGGUUAGUCCAACUACAGGUAUCAGCACCACGACAGGGGCCAGUCCUGUCACAACACCACUUAUGACAACUGUAAAACCAACAGGAACCCCGCAUGUUCCAGAAAAUCCUCCUAAUCAGCCUACAGAGCAGGUUGAAGUGACAACCAGUGGAACAGCCUCAACAACAGCUACCACCACAAGUACUGGUGAAACAACCACCACUGGCAAGGCCACGACAACUGGUGAGACAACGACAACUGAAAAGCCCACCCCAACCUCUACAGUUGAGACAACAACAACAGGUACAGCUACUACAACAGGAGUAACAACAAGCACUGGUGAGACCACCACCACAGCCAAGCAAACCCCCACUACCACCUCUUCUGUGGAGACCACCACAACACCUGGUCAGACCCCAACAGUUGAAACAACCACCACAGGUACGGUUACUACAACAGGUGAGGCAACCACCACAGCCAAGCAGACCCCUACUUCAACAGCAACCAUCACCACAACCGUUGCCCAGACUACUGAGUGUAAGAAUCAGUGGACAACGUGGAUGAACAGUGGCAAACCAGCAUCCAACGGUCUGAAUGGUGACUACGAGACCCUCACAAACCUGCAGCAGAUGUAUGAAUUCUGCAGCCCUGACAUGAUCGUAGAUGUGGAGUGCCGGGAAGCUGGUGGUUUCAACAUACCUCUGGACCAAGUACAUCAGAUAGUGACAUGUGAUAUCAAGGAUGGCCUCAUCUGCGAGAAUCAGUACCAGACUGAUCCUUUGGGCUGUUACGACUAUGAGAUUCGAUUCUUCUGUCGUUGUGGAGGACCCACCACAACUAUGCUGACAACUUUGCAGACCUCAAGACCGACUUCAACCACUUUGUCCACAACUACAGCUUCAGUAUCCACCCCAACGGUCACCCCAACCAUCCACACCCAGCCUCCGACACCUUCGACCACCCCAGCACAGCAGAUACUUGUAGGCUGUGAGCACCAGUACCCAUACUGGACCCAGUGGAUGAGUGUGAACACACCCAGCCCCAGCACAGAAGGGGACAGUGAGACCAUCCAGGGCCUCCGCCCAUACUACAGGUUCUGUGACGAAGGCAUGAUUGUUGACGUCCAGUGCCGAGUGACCGGGUCAAGCAUGCCAGCCAGUCAAACUGGACAAACUGUCACUUGUGACGCUUCUGUUGGCCUGACCUGCCUUAAUGCAGAUCAGGCAGGACCCUUCCAUCUGUGUGAUGACUAUGAAGUCAGGUUCUUCUGUGCCUGUGGAGAAACAACCAUGGCCCCAACAACCACCACACAUGUCACCACGACCGCCACAACUGAGACAGCCACAACUGGUGUGACAACUACAACUGGCAUUAGCACAACAACUGGGAAGACUCCAUCAACAACUACAGGAGUUACACCAACUACUGCAGUGCAAACAGGAACAAACCCCUCAGAUGUCGUUGUCAGCAUGGGCUGUCAACAUGACUAUGACUAUUGGACUGAAUGGAUGAACAUCGACAGCCCUGCGAGCCAUGAUGGUGAUGAUGUGGAAUUCAUCAACAACCUACGGGAGGAAUACACAUUCUGUGGACCAUUCAGGGUGGAAGAUGUGGAGUGCCGAGUCUUUAGCACGCAGGUCUCGGCUGAAGAGGGAGGCCAGAAGGUGACCUGUGAUGAACAUGUCGGUCUGAUCUGCCAUGCUGAAGACCAGGACCCCAAUUCAGGAAUUCAGGAAUGCUAUGACUACGAAAUCCGCUUCCUCUGUGACUGUGGUGUCGAAACUACUCCGCCUGCAAUCCCAAGUUCCACCUCUACUGUUAAGACCACAACUAUGGCAAGCACAAUCUCAACAGGCAUUUCUACUACAACAGGGGAAACAACUACUACAAGCAAGGAAACACCAACCACUACAGCUGAAAUCCCAAGUUCCACCACAACCACAACUGCUGAGACCACGACUACAGUUGCAACCACUUCCACUGGUGUUACAACUUCAACAGGUGAAACUACAACCACAGGCAAGGAAACAUCAACCACUACAGCUGAAAUCCCAAGUUCCACCACAACCACAACUGCUGAGACCACGACUACAGUUGCUACCACUUCCACUGGUGUUACAACUUCAACAGGUGAAACUACAACCACAGGCAAGGAAACACCAACCACUACAGCUGAAAUCCCAAGUUCCACCACAACCACAACUGCUGAGACCACGGCUACAGUUGCUACCACUUCCACUGGUGUUACAAUUUCAACUGGGGAAACCACCACUACAGGCAAGACAACUACCACUUCAACUGCAGAAACUUUCACAACUGGUAAGCCCAUCACUACUACUGGAACAACAACAACAACAGCAGAGACUACAACAACUGGUGUGUCCACAACAACUGGAGUCACUACUCCUGGCAAACCCACCACCAUGACUACUACCACAAAACAGAACCAACCUGAGGGAACAUCUCCACUUCCCACCACCCUUCCAGCUCAAUUUGGACCUACUGGAGGUGAAGAGGAAGUCACAUUCCAGCCUACGGGACCAGGAUGGAACACCUUUCCGGAAGGGACAGAGAAGCCUCCCAUACUGAUCCCCCACCCUCCAACUCCUGUCCCCACACAGGUGCUCAUGACCACCCUGAAGGGCUGUGAGGCUGAUGUCGACUACUGGACCCCCUGGAUGAAUGUCUUCUAUCCGACUCACAUCAAUGGUGGAGACUUUGAAACUCUGGAUAACCUCCGUGACAAAUACAUGUUCUGUGACAAUGGCAUGAUAGUGUCGGUGGAGUGUCGUACAGUUGAUGACCACACACCAUCUGACCAGUCAGGGCAAAAGGUGAUCUGUAGCAUUGAUGAUGGACUUAUCUGCAGCAAUGACAUGAACACAGAAGAUUGCCAUGACUAUGAGAUCAGGUUCUUCUGUGACUGUGGUGUGGAGCCAACCACCAUAGUCAGUGCAGAGACCACUACAACCACUCAGGCUCCAACCACAGGAGUGACAACCACCACUGGUGUAAGCAAGCCAACAACUACCAUCUCCUCAACAACUACUGGUAAGGAGACAACACCUGGCACAUACAGCACGACCAGCACCCAAGGGUCCAGCACCACAGGUGUGGUCACAACCACAGCCACUAACCCAGUCAGCACAUCAACACUGCUCACAUCCACUGCCAUUCAGACCUCAACUGUCAGCACCACAGGUAAGCCUUCACCACCCACAACAACAGGAGUCUCCCCAGCAACCACCAGUACCAUAUCCCCAACAACUGGUCAUGAGACCACCACUGGGAAGACCCCACCAACCACCAGUACCAUAUCCCAAACAACAGUCCAUGAGACCACCACUGGGAAGACCCCACCAACCACCAGUACCAUAUCCCAAACAACAGUCCAUGAGACCACCACUGGGAAGACCCCACCAACCACCAGUACCAUAUCCCAAACAACAGUCCAUGAGACCACCACUGGGAAGACCCCACCAACCACCAGUACCAUAUCCCAAACAACAGUCCAUGAGACCACCACUGGGAAGACCCCAUCAACCACCAGUACCAUAUCCCCAACAACAGUCCAUGAGACCACCACUGGGAAGACCCCACCAACUACCAGUACCAUAUCUCCAACAACAGUUCAUGAACAUGAGACCACCACUGGGAAGACCCCACCAACCACCAGUACCAUAUCUCCAACAACUGGUCAUGAGACCACCACUGGAAAUACUCCAUCAACCACCAGUACCAUAUCUCCAACAACUGGCCAUGAGACCACCACAUCUAGCAUAACGACCAGCACUGGAACCACCAUCAGUACAACAACAUUUGCCACCAAGCCUACAUCUGUCUUUACCACCAUCGUGGCUACCAAGCCUGUACCCCCAGAGAACCCAGCAAUGUGUCUGACCAACACUAACUACUGGACUGAGUGGAUGAACACUGGCUCUCCUAAUAGUGGGGAGGGUGGAGACAUGGAAUCCAUUGACAGCCUGAGGGAGCAGUACAUCUUCUGUGACCAGGGCAUGAUGGCAGCUGUGCAGUGUCGUGUUGUGGGAACCAACAACCUGAUGCACAACCAGGUCGACCAGAAUGUCACCUGCUCCAUCUUCCAGGGUCUGGAGUGCCACAACAUGGAUCAGCCGGCUGACAACUAUAUGUGUCAUGACUAUGAGAUCCGCUUUUUCUGCCAAUGUGGACCUGAAGCUACCACAACAAUGGUGACAACAGCCAGGCCAACCACUGCCCUGAUGACAACCCCUGUCAUUCACGGUGAGACAGUGUCGGAAACCAUCCCACUGUUCCCAGUGACAACAGGAGGCAAACCUAUUCCCAGCACCACAGGACAGAUCUCCACAGAGAAGCCUCCCCUACCGACCACAACAGCAGCCAAACCCACCACUACAACACCUCUGACUACCUUCAAGCCCACCACAGUACCUGUAACCACCAGCACCAUGAGCACCAUGAGGCCAUUUAUUGUUCUUGAUACCUGCAUCAUGUUUGAUGAUACGCUCCAAACAUUUGAUGGAACCGUCUAUGACUACCCCAUCUGCAACAACGUGCUGGCAAAGGACUGCGUCCACAACAGGUUUGAGGUCCAUGCCUUCUUGGACUGUACUGGAGCAGAUAAUAGGGAUGACUGCAACCGUGGUCUCUAUGUUAGAGUUGGAGAGGAUGUGAUCAUUUUGGACCGUCCUUCACACCUGACUCUCAAUGGACAGGCAUUCAACUUGACACAGCUCCCCACACUCAACAACAAUCUGGCAAACCGUGGAAUUCAGAUCUCCUCUGUUGGUAACGAGAUCAUCAUUCAAACCAAUUACGGCAUCAACAUCUACUGGAGCAAGACCUACGAGGCUAGGAUUGUUGUUCAUGAGAGCCUUCAGAACAUGCUGUGUGGCAUGUGUGGCACCUACAACCACCAGAGCCAGGAUGACUUCACUCUCCAGGAUGCCAGCCUCACGGAUGACGCCAUUGCUUUUGGAGACAACUGGAUGAUGGGUGAAUGUCCAUUCACAUCCACUACAGAGCAUGUCUGUCCACCAGAGAUCGAGGCACAAGCUGAGGCUAAGUGUGACGUGCUCAGGACGAGUGUGUUCUCUGCAUGCCACCCUCAUGUGCCAAUUGACCUGUACUAUCACCUGUGUGUGAAUCGUGUGUGUGAAUGCCAUACCAAUGGUACUGACCUCGCUGACUGUGAGUGCGAUAUCCUGUCUGCAUACGCCACCACCUGUGAACGUUUGGACGAAGACAUCGUGCUGGACUGGAGGAACCCUCUGCGCUGUCCUGCUGAGUGUCCUCCCGGCAUGGUGUACCAUGAGUGCGGCCCAGGCUGCCCGCUCACCUGUGACAACAUGCACGACCCCAAUGUGGACUGUAACGUGGAAUGUGUGUCCGGCUGCUUCUGUCCUGACAACAUGGUGCAGCAGGGAGACCAGUGUAUCAGGCCAUCACUGUGCACCGACUGUUACUGCUACGGCUAUGGUGAUCCACACUACAUCACCUUUGAUGGCACUUACUACCCCUUCCAGGGUCAGUGCUCCUAUGUACUGGCCCGUGAGACCACCACUCACGAGUUUGAGGUUAUUGGUGACAAUGAGCUGUGUGAGGGAGGACCCAAUCCUACCUGUACCAAGGCCGUCACUGUCCGCUAUGGUGGACACGAGGUCACUCUGAAAAGAAACAGGAUAGUAAGUCCACGUUCAACUGGAUCUGAGGUGACAGUCGAUGGUGUUGACCAGUCUGCACCGGUGUCCAUUGGUGGAAUCAAUGUCCAUCUGGACGGUCUCAAGUUGGUGUUGGAGAUCCCUGCCAUUAACCUUAGGGUUCGAUUUGAUGAGAUCAACCAUGGGUUUGACAUCCUGGUACCAUCCUCAGUCUACUACGACAGGACUGAGGGUCUUUGUGGACCAUGUAACCAUGAUGGCUCCGAUGACCUAACCACGUCCCAGGGCACCAUUGAGACAAACACUGACAUCUUUGCCCUGUCCUGGCUGACCAUGGAGAGCACACAGCAGACUGAGAUCCAGUGUGGGCUGAUCGAGUCCACAUCCCCAUCACAAACUGAAUGCACAGCUGACUUCUCCCAGUGUGAAGUCAUCUUGUCAGAUGUGUUUGAAGAGUGUCACCAGCUGGUCAACCCACAGGUCUUCCUUGAUACCUGCAAGUAUGAUGUUUGCAACGUGGGCUUGGAGCUGUCUUGCGACUCCCUUGCUGCCUAUGCCCGUGAAUGUGACCGUCAUGGUGUCUGCCUCGAGUGGCGCGAAGGCCUCUGUGAGUUCCACUGCCCAGCUGCUAUGGAGUUCCACUCCUGUGGUGCACCGUGCCCCAUGACCUGUGACAUGGUGACUGGUUUAACCCCUGUCGUGCCGUGCAACACCACUGAGACGGAAGGCUGCUUCUGCCCACCUCACAUGGUUCUGGACCACAAUGGCGACUGUGUUGCACCUGAGUCUUGCCCAAUGUGUGUGGAUGAAACCGGACGUCCAUUCGCACUUGGAGACACCUGGCAUCCCAACAAUGAUCCAUGCGAGACUUGCACGUGCAAGGGCCUGAACUCUACCAUCUGUGUACAGAAGGUUUGCCCACAGUUCCCCAAUGACCAGUUGGUGUGCAGGAGUGGACACAAGGUGCCAGUGGUGUGGGAUGAGGAUCACUGCUGUCAAACGCCACAGUAUGAUGAAUGUAUGACCACUGUGGACUGUACUGACAUGGAGACCUGCCAGGCAGGAGAGGUCAUGGACACUUCCCAGAAUGGAACCUGCUAUUGCCGCUGUGUACCAGAGGAAUGCCCCAGCCCAGUCAUGCCAACACUCAGCGAAGGACAAAUGGCUGUUCCUGUGGAUGCACAUCAAUGCUGUCCUGAAUACACUGCAGUUUGCAACAACUCCAUGUGCUCGGACAAGAUCCCAGGACAGUUUGAGGUGCUGGUAGAGGUAGAGGGACAGUGCUGCCCACAACUCAUGUGUGACUCCAGCCUGUGCCCGAUCGUCCCGACCUGUUCCCCCCACCAGACACUACAGACCACUGAAGGCCACUGCUGUAAGGAGUACCAGUGUGUCUGUGAUGAAACUCUGUGCCCUGUGCCACCAUCCUGUCAAGAUGAUGAGGUACUUGUGUCCACUGUGGGAGAGUGCUGCACCACUUAUGAAUGCAGUUGUGACAAGACCCAAUGUGAAGAUACCAUCCCAGCCUGCCCUGUGUCUGGCAUGACAGCUGUGGUCACCAAUGCUGAAGCCUGCUGCUCCCAGUAUGAGUGCACCUGCCAGGAGCCAAUGGGUGUCCACUGCCAUGACCUCACCUGCCCACAUGGAUUCAUGGCUGACAUGGUCAAUCUCAAUGAAUGUGGCUGCCCAACUACAUGUGUCUCUGUUUGUGGAUCUGAGAGCUGCUACAUCAAUGGCUCAUGUCACAGCUCAGGAGACAUGUGGACCCCUGAUGACGUGUGCACAGUUUGUUCCUGCAAGCCCAACAACGGCGCAUAUGAGGCCAUGUGUGAGACCCAAGUCUGUGCAGCCUGCCCUGCUGGCUACACUAUGGUGGAUAUGCCAGACCAGUGCUGUGGUGAGUGUACCAAGACAGACUGUGUUGUUAUGGAUGCCCAGAGCGAUCAAGGAUUCAUCCUCUAUCAGCCUGGUGAUGAGUGGGUACAGAAUGGAGAAGACCAGUGCAACAAGGAGGAGUGUAAGUGUGUGGAGCAGAAUGGCAUGGUGUCCGAGGUGUGCUACACACAGACAUGCCCAUCAGUCACCAACUGUCCUGAGGAAUUUAUCAUGUGGGAUGAGCAAGGAUGCUGCCAGAUCUGCCAGGAGCCUCCAAGUGGGUCCUGUUCUGCUGAGCUGGUGGAGGGCCGUCCUCAGCUCCUGACCGUGGGGGCAUGUGUGACCACCAUGCCUGUCAACAUCACCCAGUGUGCUGGACACUGCCCAUCCUUCACCACUGUCACCUUCCCCAACGACCUCAGCUUUGAUAGUGCUUACAACCACGAGUGCCAGUGCUGCCAGCCUUCCAAGAGCGAGCGGCGAACUGUGGACCUAAUGUGUGAGGACGGAACCCUGCAGCAGCACUCUUACGACUACAUCCAGGAGUGUACCUGUGAUGUCAGCAAGUGCCUGCAGUGGGGAACUGAACCCGAGACUCCCUGAAGCACAUCAGCCACCUGAUUGGACAGUUUGACUUUGCCUCUAACGACCUUUUGACGUAGUAUCGUUUUGAUGCUUAUUGUUGUAACCAUCUAUUAGACCGUAAUCGUCUUGUAAGUAUAAAGAGAGAAAUUUCCCGUCAAGUCAAGCAUUCUAGUUUUUCCACUUUGCAAGUAUGAUUCAUUUCCGCUUCCUAGUCACACGGCACUUUCUUGACCAAUCAGGUAAAGAAGCUGGUAAUGUCCCAUCAAACCAUGACCAUGUCUGUCAGACUGACAACUGUCAAAGAAAGAACAAUGACCUUGAAAAAACACUGUAUACUCUGAUGAUUUUUUGUUAGAAGCAAAGGCUUGGGUUUUCUUGAAUACAUGAUUCUGGCAUGGAACAACUUUAUCUGUAGAAAUGAUAACAUACUUUGUCUUCUGAA